AUGGGUGUAUUCCCGUCAGCCGCCCAACACGAUGUGCAAGACGUGUCUGAGAAACAGGUCCGGUGGAUGCCAGAUGUUGGUGUCUUAAUUGGACAGCCUCCUUUGAGAAAGCGAGCGAUCUCCAUGUGCGAAGUUGGUAUCCUCAAACCAAAGGCCGUGAUAUUCAGCCUCCGAUCGUAUUCUUGGAGUAGCAUAGAAAACCAGCCCGGUGACAGUUCCACUUCUACCCCUUGCAGCAUGAGGCGACAUGACAAGGCCAAACUCGGUCUCACUGAAAAGCGGAGGACGGGUGGCAAACCUAGUUCCAGGAGUCCUGGUAAGAGCAAGUACUUUGUUGUUUACGCUGCCGCCAACAACAUGUAUCUCCAGAGAAUACAGAGUACAACGGUUGAUUCUCUGUCAAUGGGAUGGCCAUCUUGA